AUGGCCUCGCGACGGUCUGCACUGCCGUUCAAGAUGGCCAAGCCGAGCAUGUUAGCCUUGCCGGCGCUGGAUAAGAUUACCGAAAAGCGACUGUCGCUCACAGGCAGUCCGUUACCAUCGCCUACCUUAAGCACAGCAAGAACUCGUCGUCAUGAGCAAAAUCGCAGAAUAACUUUGACCGUUGCGACUUUGCUGGCCAUCACCGGUCUCUUCCUUCUGGCCGGCCCAGCAUGGUUCACGCCUCAUCAUGCGCAAGACAGCGAGCUCAAGUCGCCACUCUUGACCGGCGCAGGUCGUGUCCAAUCAUCCUUCACUUCAGCUGGCGCUACUCUCUUGCAUAAGACGCCGAAACUCAAGAUACCCGGGAUCAUGCCCAUUGCGUUAGCCCCAAAGCGUAGGGACGGAUCCCACGUCUCUAUCGCAGCAGCAUUGCAAGUCAAAGCGGAGCCUUAUGAUAUCACCCACCCGCCAUCACCCCAAUCGCCAGUGCCCUGGUCGAAAAAAGACCUCAUGCCUGUUAGCGGAACAGGUCAUCGUGGUGUGGGAGCGGUAGACGAGACACACGGACUCCAGAUCUCCGCUUAUCCUGCUCGGGCAAUCUUGCCAGCGGGCGCGCCAAGCUACAAAGACCUCAUGUUUGCCGUUGCAACGACGCCAGAUCGUGCGUUGCAAUAUCUACCACUGUGGAGGUACUGGCUCAAGCACGGCUCUCCCUGCCUGCUUGCAUUCCACGAGAAAGAUCGGACGCGGGUCAAGGAAGUCACUGCCAAAAUGGCAGAGCUCUCCGUCGAAUGCCUCGUCAUCUACAACCAGCUCGAGAGAUCGGAACAUCGUACAUUUGGCAACAUCCGCGAGAUGCACGAAUUUGCAAAGCAGCUCGAAUGGACGCCGACCUGGUUCAUCCAAAUGGACGACGAUACGAUCUGGCUCGAUUUACGCAGUCUCCGGCGCAAUCUUGCCCGCUACUCGCCGAAAGAAGACUAUCUGCUAGGCUCAACAAGCGAAGGCGAGGAACAGAAGCGCAUCUUCAACUUUAUGGGAUUUGGUGGCGCGGGUCUAAUCAUGUCUACAAGCCUUUUGGACAAGAUGGCCGCUAAAUGGAAAGGAUGCUACGAAGUCGUCAAGAGCGAAUUCGGUGGCGAUGGCAUGAUCAAUAAGUGCGCGAAAAUGGUGAUGCAGCGCGACUCUCUCGAGCAGACGGUGACGGUCGAGCUGGGAAUGCACCAAAUGGAUUUCCGAGGCGAUCCUUCUGGGUUCUAUCAGAGCGGCAUGCCCUUUUUGACUUUGCAUCACGUCAACGCAGCUAUUUGGGGUCCGCCAAUCCCGAAAGAAUACGAGAGAAGUAUGUUCGAAGUCACUGAGCUCUUACUACAAGCUGCAGAAGCACUGGGUGGCGACAACUUUGGCCGGCGAUACAUGUUCGCCGACGGCAAGCAACUCAUGGUCGUCGGCUACUCGCUUACCGAGUACUCGCAUCCUCUCACGCCGAGUGAUCUGCAAUCCGUCGAGCAUACGUACGAUGCCGACCUGCUCUUCCCACAACGGCCAAAGAUACGCGAGGCUUUGGUCCCAUGGAGUCAGAAGCAAGGCAAAAGGACCUACUUCAUCUCGCGCGUUCGAAAGCUUGCAAAUGGUCAAGUGCUGCUCAGCUUUCAAGACAUCGAUCGCGUCGACAUUCAUAUCCUCUGGGACACGACAGGCAUGGUCAAGGCGGCCCAAUUCCGGGCCGAUCUAUUCGUGUACCAAGAUCCGGCAAAAUCCAGCGAGAUUGCGGUUUCUCGCAAGCACAUCGAAGAGGAAGCCAUACGGCAGGCAAGAGGGAUACGGCUCAAUGCAAAGAUCAGACCGAUUACGCAAGAAUACAAUGAGACACUCGUCGCGCCCGAUGCCGACGUGUUCUGGACAGACGAGCCUCUUCUGACAGAAACACAAGACGAUGGCGACCGCAUCAAUGGUAUGCUGAGUCAUGAGCUGCCAGUCUUUCCGCGCGUGCCUCGCUUGGAUCCCCAGAAAGCGCCGACGCCGCAAGAGAUUUUCUUCUCGUUUGCCACUUCUGUGGACAGAUUGAUCCGGUUCGCGCCUCUCUGGCCUCUCUGGCUACACGCCGGCUCGCCCUGUCUGAUCGUCCUCGACGAAAGAGAGCGUCCGCGUCAUCAAGAAGCUGUAGACUCGCUCAGAAGAUAUGACUUGCGAUGCGAAUUGCUCUACAGUCCAUCGCCGCGCUACGAGCACAGGGUGCUUGGCUCGGUUGUCUUUAUGCGCAAAGAAACCCAGCGCCACCGAUUGCGAAUCAAGUGGUACUUUAUCGCGGAUGACGACACUUGCAUCUUCAGCAUUGACGGAGUCCGGAGGAUGCUCGAAAAAUAUGAUCCACGCAAGAUGUUGAUGAUAGGCAACACGAGCGAAGGGGUCGAACAGGCUGGCAUCUUCGGCAUCAUGGCAUUCGGUGGCUCUGGCAUCGUGCUGAGCAAGCCGUUGCUAGAUGCUAUGGCUCGCGAGCACGACAAAUACUUAUCUGACAAGAAUGAUAGCAUGAACAUCUUUGGCGGUGACGAGAUGAUCACGAGAUGCGCAAGCAUGCUCAUGGGUCUCGACAAGGCACAAGCUCUGACGCGCGAAAGCUCUCUGCACCAGUUCGACCUUCGUGGUAAUCCUGCCGGGUUUUUGCAAGCCGGGCUACCCAUCCUGACAAUCCAUCACACGACCGCAAGCAAUUGGGCGUACGCUGUGCCAUCACCCGGCAGAGAUCCAUUCCAAGUGAUCGGUGUGUUGCAGCGAGCAGCGAUCUUUCUGGGACCGGACACGCUGUUUCGGCGGUAUGUGUUUGGCGAUGGCAAGCAUGUCAUGACGGCAGGCUAUUCAAUCGUCGAGUAUCGCCACAACUUGACGCCUGACGAUAUGACAAAGAUGGAAAAGACAUAUGCCAAUGAGCUCAUGUGGGUCUCCGGUAGACGAUGUGGCGCUGGCAUUGACGAUAUUGAUGAGCAGGUUUCCGCAGAGGGAGAACAUUCGAGAGGGUCUUGUGAGAUGGGGCAAGCGAAACAGCAAGCGCUCAUAUUACAUCAGCGACCUGCAUUUGCUCGGCCCUUGGACGGCGCUAGAUCAUCCGCUGGUCAUUCAAGAGUGAAGUCGCUCCUCAACCGGCGAGAGACGGGCGUGAAUGCAGUAGCACAACAUGUUGACAGUCUAGGUCGAGCCGAGCUCGUGAGUGCCAGAAACAUCUAA